UAUUCGUAGCCUUUGGAUUGUCUUAAUGGGCCUAUCCUUGAAGUUCAAUUGGGCUCUCAUGUAUCUGCAAAAAGCCCAAUACAAGCCCAAUGGGCCAGAUGAUUAACUCAGCCAGAACCAUAGAACCACAAAGUAGGUUUCCAAUGAACCAGCAGCGAGCCUUCUCCCUCUACCACACCCACAUCAAGCUCCUGGGUUUCGACCUUAAUUCACUCACCCAAAGCUCUUCUUCCUCCUCCUCCGAUGCAGUUUCCUUCUCUCGCAGAGGCUUUGCGGUUUCUUGUGCAGAGAUCGUCGGCGUUGUGGUCUCCCGUGACCUGAAACCGAACAGGUUUCUUAGAUUUUCCGUCGACGACGGCACAGGCUGUGUUAGCUGCAUCCUGUGGCUAAACCAUCUUACGUCGCCUUAUUUUGCCUCACGCCACCAGCCAGAUGUUCGAAUAAUUGGAAAUAUGGCGACCCAUUUCGCAGCCCAAAUUAGGGUUGGGAUUGUUGCUAGGGUUCGAGGGAAGGUUAGCAGCUAUAGGGGAGUGGUGCAGAUCACGGUGUCAGAUGUUGUGGUUGAGAACGACCCAAAUGCUGAAAUUCUGCAUUGGUUGGAUUGUAUGAGUGAAGGAUCCUUUUGAAAGAAAGAUAUGGGUAGUGGGGAUUUUCUUGUUUCAAGCAGGGUAUGCGCAGGAUGAACAAUGAAAAGUCAGAAACAAACGAGUCAAUGUUUGUGGGGGAAAGAAUGGCUUAUGAACACAGAUGAAAGUGGCCUUUCAGGUAGCUCAGGUGGCUAUAAUACACAUCGGUCGAGCUGUCUCAGCCCUUCUUGGUGGCUAUGAUCAAAUACAAAGAAGACGGUGGACAAAUACCGAAUGAUUUGAUGGGCUACAAUAAAAUAUAGGCCUACUCAUAAAGCAUUUCUUCAUUUUGUGUAUAACAACCAUCAAUCUGUGAGCGCAUAGUUAAGUUUUUUUUACUAAAUUUUGUUUGGCUACCGUAAGAUCAGAACUUUUUGGAUAUUAAAUGAGAUGGGUCAGGUCGGUUUCAAAUUGUACAUCAACCCAAAUGAUUGAAUGAAUAAUUAAAGGAGAAGAAAUAAAAUAUUUUACUUGCACAACUCAUCAAAUUCCAUAUUGUUUUA